UCAAAAAUGCCUUCGAACAGUGGAACCGUUAACAAAGACUUGCAGGCGGAGCGCGACAAGUGCACGUUUAACAAUGAGGAGUUCACCCUCUGGUGGGUUGGUGGGGAGACGAAGCUGAAGGAAAAGCGAUUCCGAGAGGACUUCUUCCUAAAUGAUCCGGAGUUGCAAGAGAAAGUGCCUCUGCACUUCCUUUCUCACAAGGAAUUGUACGAAGAAUCGGUGCGUAAGGCGACUGUCGCAUUCCGAAAGGUUCGCAAGCUACAGGAAAUGGGACAGGACGGUGUGGACAACUACUCCGCUCUUCUCGGAGGACUACUUGGCACCGGCAUCCUGAAGCAGGGCAACCCGUUGACCGUCCACUAUGUGAUGUUCCUACCGGCCAUUCUUGGCCAUGGUACGCCGGAACAGCAAGCCGAGUGGUUCGGAAGGGCAUGGAAUUGUGAGGUAAUCGGCACGUACGCACAGACCGAGCUUGGCCAUGGCACGUUUUUGCGUGGAUUGGAAACGACAUCUACAUACGACGAGCAGACGAAAGAGUUUGUCCUCCACAGUCCGACACUAACGGCGUAUAAAUGGUGGCCAGGAGGAUUGGCACACACGGCCAACUAUUGUGUGGUGAUGGCCCAGCUGUUUUCGAAAGGAAAAUGCCACGGUAUUCAACCGUUUAUUGUUCAGUUGCGUGACGAGGAAACACAUAUGCCACUGAAAGGCAUCACGAUCGGAGAGAUCGGUAACAAGCUCGGAAUGAACGGAGUCAAUAAUGGAUUCUUGGGCUUCGAUCACGUGCGUAUUCCACGUAAGAACAUGUUGAUGAAGAACGCGAAGCUUCUGGAGGAUGGAACGUUUGUGAAACCACCUUCUCAAGCUCUCACGUACGGCACGAUGAUGUUCGUACGAGUGGUGAUUUGCCGUGAUAUGGCUGCGUACCUGUCCAAGGCGGUCACGAUUGCUGUCCGCUACUCGGCUGUGCGUCGGCAAAGCCACAUCAAUCCGGAGCAACCGGAAGUGCAAGUAAUCGACCAUUUGACGCAACAGUACAAACUCUUCCCGGCCAUCGCGAAAAGCAUUAUCUUCAAGCUGGCAUCGGACAACCUGUGGGAGAUGUACAACCAGGUGACGUCUGAGCUGGAUAAAGGCGAUCUGGAGCGACUUCCGGAACUCCACGCCAUCGCUUGCUGCCUGAAGGCGAUCACCACCGCGGAUGCAGCUGCUGGUGUUGAAAUUUGUCGGCUAGCUUGUGGCGGUCAUGGCUAUAUGACGUGCUCAAACUUCUAUGGUACCUACGGCAUGGUUACGGCCGCCUGCACGUACGAGGGCGAGAACACGGUACUGCUAUUGCAAACAGCUAGAUACUUGAUGAAAGCCUGGCAACAAGCACUCCGAGGACAGGAACUUGUGCCGACCGUUCAAUACCUAGCUCGUUUCCUGAGCAGUAAGAGCCGUCGCAUGGAAUGGGACGAUUCGAUUGGGGGAAUUAUUCGUGCGUUGGAAACUGUAGCUGCGGGUAAACUUCGCCUGGCGGCGGAACACAUUGAGCAACGACAAAAGGGUGGUGCCACUUUGGAAGAAGCCACCAAUCAGACCUCGAUCGAGCUCUCACGCACAGCGGAUGCGCAUUGUCGGGCUUUCCUUGUACAGUCCGGCUAUGAGAUGAUUGAGAAGAACUGCGAAACGGUGUCGUCGGAAGUGGCCCGUGUUCUGCGCGCAAUCUACCAUCUGUAUGCCUAUGACGAAGCGUUGAAAGCACUUGGCGACCUGCUGCGGUUCACGACCAUUUCCGAGAGCGAUAUCCAUCGACUGCAGGCAAAACUAGAAGCGACGCUGGCCGAGCUUCGUCCGAACGCUGUGGGAAUAGUAGACUCUUUUGACAUUCCGGACGAUGUCCUGGGAUCGCCACUUGGUGCAUAUGACGGCAACGUGUACGAGCGUUUGUACGAGGAGGCCAAAAAGAGCCCGCUUAAUCAGGAACCUGUCAAUCAAUCAUUCCACAUGUAUUUGAAACCGUUCAUGAAGGCCAGUCUCUAAAAGCCCCAGAAGAACUGCAAACACACACGCAUUGUGCCUAUGUUGCUGGUGAUAGUUAAUUGUUUUUUA